CAACAUUAUUAAAGAUAUAAUGUCAGUCAUACUUAUAUAUAUACACAUUUGAUCAUUUAAAUGUUGACAUAUUGUUGACCUAUAUGAAUUUCAUAAUAAAGAAACAACUUAAAAUACAUAUUCCAUUAUAACUAUUGUUACUAAGACUUACGCAAUCAUUAUUUUUCUUGUUUAUACAUACAAGAUAAAAUUUUACAUCUUUAUCAAAAUAAUAAAAAAAUAAAUAAACAAACAACUACACAAUUUUCAUUUAGUCUUCAUGAAAUAAAUAACUAAAAAAGAAAGAAAAGAAAGAAAAAAGGAAAGAAAAAAAAGAAAAAAAGAAAAAUUAAAAUUGAUUAUGCCAUUUAUUACAAAGUUGAACUAUUUCUUCAUUAUAACAGAUCCACUAUUUCUUUUAUAUAAACAAAAAUCCAAAUUUUUCGGAAUUAUAUUAUCAUUAUUAUUAUUUCAAUUAAUGAUUAGUUUAAUGAAUCCAGUUCAAGGAAUAAAAUGGUUAGGUAUAUACAGAUUACCAAAAAGUGCAGAUCAUCCAGUGGAUUCAACAGCUGAUCGAUUUACUCCAGAUGAAUGUCAAAAAGCUGCUAAUAAAUUAGGUCUUCGUAGAAGACAAGCACGAUUUUGUAUGCAUCCACGUUUUGGUUAUGCAAUGCUUGCUGUACUUAGAGCUGCACAUGCUGUCGGAUAUCAUUGUCCAAAAACAUUUUCAGAUAGACGAUGGAAUUGUACUUCUAUACAUCAAUUACCGCAUGUAUCACCAGAGUUAAGAAGAGGCACACGUGAACAAGCAAUUGUACAUGCAUUUGCAAGUUCUGUAUUAUUAUUUGAAAUUGGACGAUAUUGUGCAUUGAAUAAAAUUCGAUAUUGUUCUUGUGGUGAUGAAGAUGGCAGUUAUGCUACACCAAAUUAUCCUUCAUCUCAUAUAUAUAAAAAUAACAAUUUACUUAGACAACAUCAUUCACAAACUUUGUAUAAUGAUAAUAAUAAUGCAUUAGUAUAUAAUUCCGAUGGUCAUUUAAUGAAUUCCAUUGAUACAUCUAAAUCAAACAAUAUACCAAUGACAGAUGGUCAACCAACAGUUAGUAAAUUUUAUUGGGCUGGUUGUUCUGAUAAUUUGCGUACAGCUAAAGAAUAUACAUCAUUAUUUCUUGGUUUUCCAAAUGUACAUGUAAUGUUACCUCCACCAAUAGAAACAGAUAAUCCUAAUUUAGAUACAAUACAUGAUAUGAAUAAUCAAAAUCGUUAUAAAAGAUCAACGUAUUCUUCACAAGUUACAGAAAGUAAUUAUGAUACAACACAAUUAUCUGAUAUGUUUAGUCUGUUUCAAAAUCAAAUCAAUGUUAAUGAGAAUGUGGACAAUAGAAUUAGAGAAGAAGAUGUAGAUGAAGAAACUGAAGAAAAUGAAGAAGAGGAUGACAGUGAAAUAGAUGAUUCAGAAUUAUUCUAUUCACAACAUGAAUAUACGGAUAGACGACGUCGUAAUCUACAUAAAAAAUGGUCAUAUCAAUCUACAGCACAAACCAACAAAUAUCCGUCAUACAAUUCAGCACAACAAAUGUAUGAUUCAGUAGAUGAUAAUGAUGAAAGAUUACCACGUCAUCCUAGAUCAAAACAAGGUAGAAAAAAAUCCACACUACGUAAUUUAAAUCGUCAUAAUUAUCUAGCAGGUGUAGUAGUAAGUCAAUAAUACACAUUGCUACAAUUAUCUCAUUAUUAUCUUUUCUUUGCAUACCGUUUAAAGUAUUUGUGAAUGAUAGCGAUCUGGAUAACAUGGUCAAUUGAUUUAUUAUCGGUAACUGAAAUGAAACUACUUUGAUUUUAGCAUUCUUUUCAAAAGUUUAUAGUUUGUCAAAGCUGAAUACUGAAAAUCAAUUUAGCCUAAGUAUUCGCAUCUUAUGCUCCAUGUGCAACGACAAACAUUUUAUACCAAACAAAUAAAACAGCAAAGUGAAAAUGCAUUUCAUCUGUCAAAGAGUUUACGUGAAAAUUACUUUCAGUGAUUGCAGGAAUAAACGAUAGACCAUAUGAAGAUAGUAUACAUCAAAAAUCAAAAUUAAUUUGAGAACUACUGAAAGCCAAAUGGCAAUGUACGACAUUUUUUCUUCAGGCUUGAAGCACCGCAACAGUUCACAUAAGGUCCAAAAUUGGAUCGUCAGGUAGUGUGCUGAAAACGACUCAUCGUUUUUAUAGGACUGAAAUCUAGUAGUAAAAGUUUCCUGUCAAGCAUAUUCAUGAGGAAAUUAAUCUAUUAUCCUAAGUUAUAGGUAGAUAACUCCCUAACACAUUGUGUCUUAUUAAAACUUCAAAAAACUAAUUGGGAAUUUACUCACCGGCGUGUGUCUAAUUAUUUAAGGUACCAAUAAAUUAUUCAAAAUAUAGAAUAGUUUAGCCUUCUUUUUAACAUAUACCAUGAAUAAAAUAAAACACUAUGCUUGAGUGUUGAAUGGAUAAAACAAUAAAUUAGGUUAACACUAUAUAAAGUACAAUAAACAGUGAAAAUUCAAGUAUACUUUGUUCGUACAUGAUUGUUUACUUCAUAGGCUUGUUUCAGUUUAACUUGUAAGUAAAACUUCAAAACAAGACAAUGGGCUGUAGGUAUGUAUAUUAAUUGUGAGAAGUUACAAGGUAUGUACAUGAGGCAUAUUUAGGGAGCCUACAAUCGUCCAUUUGCAUCUUUCGGUGUGUUCUGUAAUUUCAACUGUCUUUUCGACUGGCCUCCAAGUGUUUUGGGAACGCCAUGCUUGUGAUGCAUUGAAACUCUUCACUCCGGCUGACAGUUGCUGCAACUUUGACACCAUGUUCUGCUACAUGCUACAUACAAGCCUUCUUAUGAGUAGCGUCCAUUACAGAAUUAAUAAAGUAUUUAUAUCAGCUUUCCAUUUUAAUGAAUUUUUAAUUCAAUGAGUUUGAUAGUGCCCAUGUGGAAACGUGUUUUGUUAAAAAUAGAGAAAAAUGAAAUUAUUGUUCAAAAUGUUUUUAUUUGAAUGUACACAUAAAUAAUGUAAACUUAUUCUCAAAAUAAUUGGGAUACACAGAGAGAAAUGAAAACACCACUUAAUAAUUUGUUAUACCUUAAUUUGGUAGAUAUACUAGUUAAUGAAUUCUUUACACAUGGAUAUUUGAACUAGUUCAAGUAUUCAAGCUUCACGUAUUCACUAAAGUCAUAAGUAAACCCUAAUUAUAUUGUUCAUUUUAUUAUUAUUUAGUUGUAAAAAUACUAAUUACUAUCACUUAUUAAUUAUAGAUGAAUUUCUUGCCAUGAAUGAAAAUGUCAAUGAAAUAAUAGAAUUGAGUAUUUUUGUUCCCUUUCAUUUCUUAGAAGUGCCUAAUCAUAUAUGAACCGUCAAAUAGUUUCAUGUAAAUAUAGUCAUCUAUUGUAUACUGAAUACGUUCUGUUGAGAAAUGGAUUAACGAUACAGUGAGUAGUUACGGACAUAAUGACACUAAAUGACUAGUUGACAAGUAUUCAUUAAAUUGAGCAUAUGCCAAUACUUUAUUCAAAUUAUUACAGUUAUCAACUUCACGAGGAAUAAUGUGAAAGUAUGUAGAGAUGAUUACCAAGGUUUGACUCAAAAAUUUCAAAUAAAUUGAGCAUUGAAUAGACUGAUAUUCAUAAAAAUAGUGAAUAUUCUGUAAAGAGUUGGUUUACAGAGAGCUACAAAACAUAAGAAAAUUGAAUUUUUUUACUGAUUGGGGUAUUAUAAAUAUAUUGAUUUUAUCAGGAAUGUGAAAGUAAUUUCAAAAAUGACAGAAAACAUUUCGAACUUGAACAUAAUAUGGCUUAUUGACGAAGUGCGGAUCUAUAAACUAGACUCUCAGAUCUACCAUUCAUGUAACGGUUGAUGAUAUUGUUGUGAACGAGAAUGCAAUCAAGGACAACCAAAUGUAUUUCAACAUAAAAUGUCUUAAUAAAAUUUGAGAAAUAUACAGCGAAUUCUUUAUUUUCGAAAUGUCAAACAAUUGUCUCAAACUUGACUGUUUCUUCUGCAAAAUGUUAAUCAAUUGUCUUAGACUUCAUUGUUCCUUCAUUUCCACAUGAAUCAUUCUCUGUUCCCGUUCUCUUUUCUUUGGUCUUCUUCACCUUCUAUCUCCAAGUAUUUUACUUUCGAUUGGUACAUACUACUUAUAUUUGUCAACAUCAGUAGCACAUACAACAAUAUGACAACACCAUUGGAAAUAAUUUCAGAAUUCAUUUGUUAGGUUCUUUUCAUAAUUACUUUAGGUAACAGUUUUUGAAUAUUAAGAUAAUUAUAGUGUGUAUCAUAACAAAACUUCAGAAGUUUAAAUAAAAAGUAGAUUUUUGAUGUGAAUUGAUCAAAUUAUAAUUACAAUUCAUUGAGAGGAAAAACGAUAUUAAAAUGUUAUUUAGGCUGUUGAUAGUUAACUACAGACUUUUUUUGAAUACAAAGGUUAAUUUUAAGCCUUCUGGUUACUAUGAUUUUUUGAGUUUUAAUAACAUGGAAUUAUAUUGUUUAUAAAUAACUUUGAACGAGUUCAUUGGAUUCACGUCAUAUACCGUGUUUAGUAGGUAACGUACUAUUGACUUAUGUGAUUAGACUUCUCCUCGAAGGUGUAGGAUAUUUUGAAAUAUCUCCAUUUAAUCGAGUAAAAGCCUAUUCGUUGUCCGUCUAAUAUAUGUGGUUUUGUAUAUACAGGCAAAUUGAUGAAUGCAGUUAGGGGUUACAUUUAAUAGAUAUUUGUCUACUUUAGUUUUGAUUAUUGAUCAUAGUGUUAUGUAUAGUGAGAUGAACUUCGCAGCUCAGAAUGUACUUUAUAAAGCUGC